AUGAAUAUCUCCAUGUCUUCAAGAGAGUUUAUGUUUCAGCAAUCAUCCUCUACUUUCUCCACACCAUCUCCUAGAUACGAUCGUCGUCUUGUAGCCUAUGAUGCCUCUGGCGCCGUGGGUAACGACUUGGUUGUUGUCAGAGUGAGACACAGAGCUCAUCUGGCAGGCAUAAACUGUCUGGCUGGCAUCAAAGUGGACAAGGAUACCUGUCUGCUGGCUACUGGGGGAUUCGACAGUUACAUCAAAGUCUGGAAUGAUGACCUCACUCUCUUCUACCGGCUUCACGAUGUUCCCGAACUAAAAACAGGUAAAGGCAGUGAUGGGAUUCUCGUUACGACAUCAGUUUGUUUGGGUCCCAAAUAG